AUGCAGACUGAUGGCGACUCGCCCGUCACUGUGGUGGAGGCUGACGGCGAACCGCCCGCCACUGUGGUGGAGGUCCUCGCUGUCGAGGAGGAGCUCACACCGGCAGGCAUUGUGGAAGAGCUCGCACCGGCAGUCGCCGUGGAUGUGCUCGGCAGCAGCGAGGCCGUAUCGGCAGCCACGAGCGACGCUUGCGUGUGCUCCGAGUGCAACAAGGUGCACCCGCAGUCUAACUUUUCGAGAAACCAGUGGAGGAAGCCGGUGGAACAGAGGCGGUGCAAGGCCUGUGUUGAGGAAUCCUUGCCAAAGCCGAAACCCAGUAAGGUCGAAGUGCAACGCAUGGCUCGCGAGGAGGAAGCGAGGAGGAAGCUAGAGGACAGUCAGGACUGCCAGGAGCUGGAGAGCGGAUGCUACUCGGUGCCACCGCCGUGCUGCUGCCUCGUAUGCUUUUGGUUGCAAUUCGACGAGAGCAAAACCCGAUUCAUCCUAGGCCCAGGGAACCAAUGCAUCUUCCCCUGGCCCUUUCCUUGCUGUAUCUACAGGUCGGCCGAACUACGUUGGCAAAACUUCCGCGAAGGUGGAGAUCUGAACAUUCAGAUCCACACCGCGGAAACUCAACAAAGUUACGCCAAGUGGUCGAUGAAAUGGCCGCCCUACGAUGGUCCCGCCUUUGCAUGUAUUUGA